CUAUGGCCAGCAGCCAUUUGUAAUUGUUUGUCAGUCAUUAUGAUUAUCAACAUGGCGUAAUCUUAUUAUCAAUAUUGCGUUUAUUUAUGCUAUUUUCGUCAAAAGUAGUCGCAAAUAGCAAUUAUGAAAAUAAUUAUUAAAAUUAUAUCUGUAAACACUAACAAGUAAAUUGGUCGAACGGUAACUUGGUCGAAAUUUUAAAAUCUCUGGAUUGCCAACUACUACUAAUUUUUUGUAUCAUACAACUGUACAAACAAAUAACAUCACGUCUACGUAUGUCAAUUGUGCGAAAGUAAUAUGGAUAACACAGCGUUGACCUUUGGCAUGUUGUUUUUUGCAUUCAUAUAUUAUUAAAUUAACAUAAAAGUUUGAGCUUGUUAUUGGAUUUACAAAAAUUUAUAUAAAGAUGGGUACUUCGCGGCAACAAGAUAGAUCUCUUGGUAGUGGAAUUUCAUUGCCGCAAUGGAUGAAAGGACGAAUGGAUAAUAGAUUUGAUUUUGACGAAGCCGCAUUCAGCCCACCGUCUUACGACGACAGUUUUUUUUACGCAAGAUAUCCAAGAUCACAGAAUUCUCAACCACAACAUGGAUUGAAGCAUAUUGUAACUGAAGUUUUAAAUGAAAAUAUCGCGAGCUCCACAAAUCAGAUAGUAAAUGAGAAAUCCAUUUCCGAUUUGAAAGAAGUCAAGCAGAUUGAUUUUAGCAAACAUCCUUUGCCAUGUCAGCCGUUCAUGCCGGUUGUAAAUAAUAAAGCCGUCGACACAAAAACACACAAAACUACAGGGAUUGCAAAUUUAAAAUCUAAGUCGCAGGGGACGGAUGAUGGUUUUCAUGGUGAACCAGCUCUUUGUGGCAAAUCGAUUGUUCACGUAGCCAGCCAAAUGAUGUCUGGUAAAUUCACCAAGGUAUUCACUUCGGACUCGCGUUCUCAACAGGUGGAUAAUUCAAUGAAAAGCGUCAGUAAGUCGUUACCGGCAACGCCGCUGGCAUCACCGACAGGAACUCCAGACAGUUCACCAAAGGCACGCAGGAAGAUUCACACUAAUCGAUAUUUUACGGGCGCAUUUGUACCAGAUAAAGAGAAAUAUCAGGGUAAUUGGAUUUUGGCAAGCAUAUUAGGCCAAUCUAGAGAAGUGAUCACAGCGAAGAUAGAGGAGGAAGAUGAGCUCUUUGCGGACAUGGAGCCACGCAAGCCACUCAAUCGAAAAAAAUCGAUAUCCUCACAAAAUCUUACGUAUAUAGGGAAGGAAGAAAAGUCGGGAGAUAAGUCACCUGUUUAUGUAAAUGUAUUUGAAGCCAAACCGUCUGAACUAAGAGAGAUGAAUUUUUGGUCGCCAACUUCCAUGUGAAGUUUUACACUUCGUUUAAUUUUAGCUAUAUUAAUCAUGCUUCUAAUAAAGCAUAUUUAGAUUAUUUAGAUGAGUUUAGUUUAAUUCCACAUUAUUAAUGCACAUAGAUGUAAUUUAAGCUCAUCAUACUACUAACUUGACAAUGUUUCAUAUGAGAUUGAUAUGUGAUUAUAUAUUUUAAUUGGAUUCUUAUAAAUUUUUUUCAUAAUCUUUUGGAAACUACAACCUAUAAUAUUUAUGUAUAUUUACAACAAUAUAACGUUGUUACAUAUAACAAUAUUAUGUUAUAAUUAUAUUCCAGAGAUAUCAUUACAUAUGUUAUACAAGUAUUAGUGUUUGCAUAGUUAUUCAUUCAUUCAACCUGGAAAAUACUUCGUGAAAAACGCGAUACGGUUUGUUAAUUAGCUGUUUUAUUUAUUUACGAAUAUUGAUACCUUGUAGUUAUUUUCUAAGCGUCGUGUAAUGGCGUUGUGUAAUGACUGGAAUGUAUUGAAUAUGUGUUAUAAACCCGAGAGGAGCUUUUGAAUGAACAUUUAUUGCGCUCUAUAUUGCAGAAUGUGAUACAUAAGAUGAAUUUGAAAUGUGGGAUGUGGAAUCGAUUCUAUUGUACAACUGCUAAACGAAUUUCACAAUUGUAAAUUUGCACGAUGAUCCUUAUUGGUCGAAGACAGAUUUUUAUCAAGUAUAGAUGAGUUAUAUAUGGAUAUAUAUACAGUGAACUGACUUAUGCCAAUAAAAGUAUGAAAUCAC